AUGGUGUUAAGACUUAAUCAAAUGGCUAAGGCUAAGUCUGUGAAGAAGCUGAAAGAUGCAAUACAAGCCUUGCAAAAAAGCAUGUCAUUCUCCUGGGGAGGCUCAGUGGCACAGCCGGACGAAUGCAUGCCGGAGGAUGGGAUUGUGGUGGUGCCAAAGGAUGUGAAGGAGGGCACUUUGCCGUGUUGGCAGUGCAUGGCGAGAGGCCACCCGAAGAGGUACGUGGUAUCUCACUGGUUUCUCUUGCGGUUGCUUGAGAUGGCCAGCGAGGAAUCUGGGUUCAGCCAGGCUGGAGGUCUUGCUCUGUCUUGCAGGCCUCGUGAACUUGAGAGAAUAAUUAGUGAUCUCUGA